CGACAGUAGAGAGUCCCCCCCUCCUGUCUAUGCGAUAAUGGCUUCUCCCCAAGUGCACCACCUCUUCCACGCGCCCAUUGCCGACCACUCCUUCUCCGCCGACCGCAGCACUCUCGCCGUCACGCGGGACUCCAAUGUCGAGCUCUACUCCACCUCCUCUAACAAGUUCACUCUCCAGGACGAACUUCGCGGUCACGACAAAACAGUCACUGGCGUCGACAUCGCUCCCUCUUCCGGUAGGAUUGUCACCUGCUCUCAAGACCGAAAUGCAUACGUCUGGGAGCCCUCCCCACAAGGAGGCUGGAAGCCGACUUUGGUACUGCUGAGAAUCAACCGAGCUGCAACGUGCGUGCGAUGGUCUCCCAACGAGUCCAAGUUUGCCGUGGGAAGUGGAGCUCGGAUCAUCGCAGUCUGCUACUUCGAAGAAGAGAAUGACUGGUGGGUAUCCAAGCACUUGAAGAAGCCACUACGCUCUACCGUUACCUCAGUAGCAUGGCACCCCAACUCCGUCCUCCUCGCGGCGGGAUCCACAGAUGGCCAUGCACGGGUUUUCUCCUCUUUCAUUAAAGGGACGGAUCAGCGUCCGGAAGCUAGUGUCUGGGGCGAACGUCUACCCUUCAAUACCGUCUGCGGAGAAUACCUCAACUCGACGGCAGGAUGGGUUCACAGUGUAGCUUUCUCUCCUUCGGGCGAUGCGCUGGCUUUCACCGCACAUGACAGCAGCAUCACAGUGGUGUACCCUUCUGCGCCCGAACAACCACCAUCAGCUGUGAUCUCCAUCAACACUCAACUCCUCCCCUUCGCAGACCUCCUCUGGAUCUCUGAAUCGGAGAUUGUGUGCGCUGGCUAUGACUGUGAAGUCUACAAAUUCGGCGGAUCGGUUUCAGGCUGGCAGCUCACUGGUUCGCUGGAGAAAGCUGGCGCGGGGCCUGGCCAGGGCGUCGUGAGAGAGGAAAGUGCAUUGAACAUGUUCCGAUCGAUGGAUUUGAAGGGCAGAGGCGGAGGUUCAGUGGACGAUACGAAACUGAGGACGGUGCAUCAGAACACUAUCAACAAGAUUCGUGCUUAUAAUGGGGGAGGCAGUACGGGAUCGGUCAGCCAGAUUAGUUCUGCAGGCGUGGAUGGAAGGGUGGUGAUUUGGAAGUUGUGAUUCAAAUUGACUCCGUACGGUCCAUGAUGAGAUUCCCGUGUCAUGUGGCUAGAAUAGGUGUGUAGCUCCAACUCGAAAAUGACGA